UGUUUUUCCCAGCUGAUUGAUCAGCUGCUUACUAUAUCGAUAACCCACAUAGCGGCAUUCGUUGGCCCUUGUUACCAAAUAGAAAUUAAAACUCGGAAUAUGAAUUAAAAUUUAGUUUUUAUAAUUAGAAAAAGAUGUUACGAUAUAAGCAUGUGGUGCGGAUGCUAAAGCGUCGUUCCUACUCUGUCAACCAAGCUGGCAGUGGAAGUGGCCCGGGCAAUGACGACGAAGACAAACACCCGAUCCGGCGAACCCUUCGUUUGUUGGGCAACGAUAUGCGCAAGGUAAAGGAGUUCUUUGUGCCCAAAGACGAGGCUCCUGAGGCUUCCAAAGACACCAUCCCAACCCAGAGCAAAUUUAAAUUCUCUGGGGAGAGAGACAGAGAUUACACUUUACCGGAGGACUUCCAAACACACUGCGAUGUGCUAGUCAUUGGAGGCGGUGGCUUGGGUAGCUCCGUAGCCUACUGGUUGAAGGAAAAGGCACGUGACGGCCUGAACGUGGUGGUAGUGGAGAAGGAUGAGACGUUCGCUAAGUCCGCUACUCGCGUCGCAGUUGGAGGCCUGUGCCAGCAAUUCUCGCUUCCGGAAAACAUUCAAAUGUCUCUGUUCGCUGCCGAUUUCCUACGCAACUCCAAACAGCAUUUUGGUAACGAGGUACCGAUCCAAUUUACCCCGCAUGGCCAUCUACUGCUCUGCAAAGACGAAGACGCCGAGGCACUAAUGCGCUCCUCCCAGCUGCAAAACGAGCUUGGAGCCCGCAACGAGUUACUCACCGCGGAUCGCCUGGCUGCUCGAUUUCCGUGGUUGAAUACCCAGGGUAUUGCCUUGGGCUGUCACGGCUUGGAGCUGGAAGGCUGGUUCAACCCCUUGGCUUUGCUUAGCAACUUGAGGCGUUCUGCCGCCAAGAAUGGGGCACAUUUCGUUGACGGUGAGGUGGUAGGCUUCGAAUUUCGGGCGCAAUCUGAUAUGUCAGUGGUCGCUGGAUCCAAUGAGGGAAGCUACAACGGCUUAGACAAGGCGGUCAUCCAUCUGGCCGACGGAACGCGGCGCACCUGUAAAUUCGCAUUGUGUGUGAUAGCAGCUGGAACCGAUUCUAGUAACGUGGCGCGAUUAGCGCAGAUCGGAGUCGGACCGGGCAUGUUACAAGUGCCGCUCCCCAUAGACUCACGUAAACGAUAUUUAUUCGCCAUCAAUAGUCAGGCGGCAAAUGCACCUGGAAUGGGCAUGCCACUUACUAUUGAUCCCUCGGGUACCUUCAUCCGACGCGAUGGAUUGGGUGGUAGCUUUAUUUGCGGCCAUAAUUCUCAAGAUGACAGCGACAGUUCAGCAGUGGAUCCGCAGUACUUCGAGGAGCAUAUCAGACCAAAACUGGCAGACCGAGUUCCCGCCUUGAGAGAUUCCAAAGUGGUCGACAGCUGGGCUGGAUUUUACGACCAUAACGUCUAUGAUGAGAAUGGCAUAGUCGGUGCCCAUCCUUACUACCACAACAUGUACUUGGCCACGGGAUUCAGCGGUCACGGCAUUCAGCAGUCGUUAGCUGCAGGCCGGGCUAUCUCCGAGCUGAUUAUAGAUGGCCAGUUCCGUACCAUAGACCUCUCGCGCCUCACAUUUGACAGACUUAUCGUGGAAAGACCAAUAUACGAAAUUAGUCAAGUCUUAAGCUAAGAUCCUUUGUUUUCAAUAGAAUUAUUGAAGUCCUUCGAGCAUGCUUGUAGGUAAAUAAAGAAAAUUGUUUUUUAAAAUCCUGUCUGGUGCAAAGCUUUAAAAUGUACACAAAAUUGGCAUCAAUAAAAUUUAUUGGACACAAA